AUGUUAUUUUAUUGUGUUUCAGGAUUCUACACUGAUCCCUAAUUUUGACUAAAUUGGAUUAAGUGAAGUGAGUUACACGUCUUUGAGGGUCGAGAAGUUGGAGCAUGGCUAUGAGCGAUGGGAACAAUGACUUUGCGGUUCUGAGCAGCGGCAGCGUCGCAGCCAGCGCUCCCAGCGCCAGUCCCCCGGCCCCCCGUGACGGAGACCUUGCAGCCCAGCAGCUCACACCCAAAGAUGCACCAAAGACGAAAGCGAGUCCAAAUGGAUGCCUGCAAGCGAACGGCACGGUCACGCCAUCCUUCCCGCCUUCGGACAACCAAAGAACGCCUCAGACGUUAGCCCAGCGCUGCGCCCCCUGCGCGUACCCCCGUCCUGUGACGAGCCAGCACGGUCACCCAGAGCGCCACCCCGAGGCCGGCUCCGCCCCGGCCUCUGCUCUGGCCUCGUGUGGCAUGCACGCGGAGUACUCCGGGUCCUUGUGCCCGCACCACGCCCCUGUCUAUCAGACCGCGUGCUGCCUGCAGCCGUCCGCCGCCUUCUGCCUGCACCAGCCAUGGCCCGGCCACUUCCCGCACCAGCCCGUGCAGCAGCACGUGGCCAGCCUAAGACCAUCCAGACCUUUCAAGUUACCAAAAAGUUACGCAGCCUUGAUCGCCGACUGGCCCGUGGUGGUUCUGGGCCUGUGCACCGUGCUCAUCGUGGUCUGUGCCUUGGUUGGCGUGCUGGUGCCCGAGCUCCCAGAUUUUUCCGAUCCGUUGCUGGGUUUUGAACCAAGAGGGACUACCAUAGGCCAGAGACUGGUCACGUGGAACAACAUGGUGAAAAAUACGGGAUACAAAGCGACACUAGCCAAUUACCCCUUUAAAUAUGCAGAUGAGCAAGCCAAAAGCCACCGAGACGAUCGAUGGUCAGACGAUCAUCAUGAAAGAGAGAGAAGAGAGGUCGACUGGAACUUCCACAAAGACAGCUUUUUCUGCGACGUUCCGGGCGACCGAUAUUCCAGAGUGGUGUUCACCUCGGCUGGAGGGGAGACACUGUGGAACUUGCCGGCCAUUAAAUCCAUGUGCAAUAUAGACGACUCGAGGAUCAGGUCUCACCCCCAGUUUGGCAGCCUCUGCCAGCGGACCACCGCGGCCUCCUGCUGCCCCAGCUGGACCCUGGGGAACUACAUCGCCAUCCUGAACAAUCGAUCGUCCUGCCAGAAGAUCGUCGAGCGAGACGUGUCUCAUACCCUGAAGCUGCUCCGGACCUGUGCCAAAUACUACCAGAACGGCACUCUGGGGCCGGACUGCUGGGACAUGGCGGCCAGGAGGAAGGACCAGCUCAAGUGCACCAGCGUGCCGCGCAAGUGCACCAAGCACAACGCCGUGUACCAGAUCCUGCACUACCUGGUCGACAAGGACUUCCUGAGCCCGAGGGCGGCCGACGCCGCCGCGCCGGCGCUGAGGUACAGUAUGCUUUUCUCUCCCACCGAGAAGGGGGAGAGCAUGAUGGACAUUUACCUGGACAACUUCGAGCGCUGGAACUCUUCCGACGGCGUCACCACCGUCGCCGGGAUCGAGUUCGGCAUCAAACACAGCUUGUUUCAGGAUUACCUCCUGACGGAUACGGCGUACCCCGCCAUCGCCAUCGUGAUCGUCCUUCUGGUCAUGUGCGUCUACACCAAGUCCAUGUUCAUCACGCUCAUGACCAUGUUCGCGAUCAUCAGCUCCUUGAUCGUCUCCUACUUUCUCUAUCGCGUGGUCUUUAACUUCGAAUUCUUCCCCUUCAUGAACCUCACCGCGCUCAUCAUUCUGGUCGGCAUCGGCGCGGACGACGCCUUCGUCCUGUGCGACGUCUGGAACCACACCAAGUUCGACAAGCCCCGCGCCGAGACCGCCGAAACCGUGAGCGUCACCUUGCAACACGCGGCCCUGUCCAUGUUCGUCACCAGUUUCACCACGGCCGCCGCCUUUUACGCGAACUACGUCAGCAACAUCACCGCCAUCAGGUGCUUCGGCGUGUAUGCGGGGACGGCUAUAUUGGUGAAUUACGUCCUCAUGGUCACCUGGCUCCCGGCGGUCGUGGUGCUUCAUGAGCGCUACCUUCUCAAUCUGUUCACUUGCUUCAGAAGGCCCCAGCAGCAGCUCUACAGGAACAAGGCCUGCUGGACGGUCGCCUGCCAGAAGUGCCGCAAAGUGCUGUUCGCCAUUUCGGAGGCGUCUCGCAUCUUUUUCGAAAAAGUGCUGCCGUGCAUCGUCAUCAAGUUCCGCUACCUCUGGCUGUGCUGGUUCCUCGCCUUGACCGUGGGCGGGGCCUACAUCGUGUGCGUCAAUCCCAGGAUGAAGCUGCCCUCGCUGGAGCUGUCCGAGUUCCAGGUGUUCAGAGCGUCUCACCCCUUCGAACGGUACGACGCCGAGUACAAAAAGCUCUUCAUGUUCGAACGCGUCCGCCACGGAGAGGAGCUGCACAUGCCCAUCACGGUGAUCUGGGGCGUGUCCCCAGAAGACAACGGCAAUCCGCUGAACCCCAAGAGUAAAGGGAAGCUGACGUUAGACAGCAGUUUCAACGUCGCCAGCCCGGCUUCCCAGGUCUGGAUUCUGCACUUCUGCCAAAAGCUGAGAAAUCAGACGUUCUUCCUCCAGACGGAGGAGCAGGACUUCACCAGCUGCUUCAUCGAGACGUUCAAACGGUGGAUGGAGAACCAGGACUGCGACGAGCCCGCGCUCUACCCGUGCUGUAGCCGCUGGAGCUUCCCCUACAAGCAGGAGAUCUUCGAGCUGUGCAUCAAGAGAGCCAUCAUGGAGCUGGAGAGGAGCACGGGGUACCAUCUGGACAGCAAAACCCCAGGGCCGAGAUUCGACAUCAAUGACACCAUCAGGGCGGUGGUCCUGGAGUUCCAGAGCACCUACCUGUUCACGCUGGCCUACGAGAAGAUGCACGAGUUCUACAGGGAGGUGGACUCGUGGGUGUCCAGGGAGCUGAGGUCCGCGCCCGAGGGGCUCGGCAGCGGCUGGUUCGUCAGCAGCCUGGAGUUCUACGACCUGCAGGACAGCCUCUCCGACGGCACCCUCGUCGCCAUGGGGCUGUCCGUGGCCGUGGCCUUCAGCGUGAUGCUGCUCACCACCUGGAACGUCAUCAUCAGCCUCUACGCCAUCAUCUCCAUAGCCGGGACGAUAUUCGUGACGGUCGGUUCUCUCGUCCUGCUGGGCUGGGAGCUAAACGUCUUGGAGUCCGUCACCAUUUCCGUCGCGGUGGGCCUGUCCGUGGACUUCGCCGUCCACUACGGGGUCGCCUACCGCCUGGCCCCGGACGCCGACCGAGAAGGGAAGGUGAUCUUCUCCCUGAGUCGCAUGGGCUCUGCCAUCGCCAUGGCCGCCCUGACCACCUUCGUGGCCGGUGCCAUGAUGAUGCCGUCCACGGUCCUGGCGUACACGCAGCUGGGCACCUUCAUGAUGCUCAUCAUGUGUGUCAGCUGGGCCUUCGCCACCUUCUUUUUCCAGUGCGUGUGUCGGUGGCUCGGGCCGCAGGGCGCCUGCGGUCAGAUCCCUCUACCUAAGAAGCUCCAGUGCAGUGCCUUCUCCCACGCCUUGUCUGCCGGUCCCGGGGACAAGGGACCGAGCAAAACGCCUCCCCUGAACGCUUAUCACUUAGACCCCAGGGGCCAGAAAUCUGAAAUGGAGCAUGAGUUUUACGAAUUGGAGCCUCUGGCUUCCCGCAGCUGUGCAGCCUCCGAGAAGGCCGCUUACAAAGAGACCCACCUGUGCUCUGAGUUUUUCAACAGCCCGGCGAAGAAUGUCGUGAUGCCCGUGCCUGCGGCGUACAGCGGCGAGCUCGGCAAAGGCGCCCAAGACGACCCCAGCUCGGCCUUGUUACAGCCCUCUCUUGACCAGGACACUAUGUGUCACCUCUUCUCUCUGAAUCAGAGAUGUAGCUGCCCAAACGCCUACAGACGUUUGAGAUACGGCCCACACUCUUGCCAGCAGAUGGCUGACCGCGUGUGCCACCAGUGUCCCCCUACCACCAGCAGCUUUGUGCAUGUCCACAACGGCGUGACCCCUCUGAAGGCAGCUCGCCACGCCCCCGAGGGCUUCGCGCACCCCAUCCCGCACAUCCAGCACUGCGCGUGCCGACGGGGCGGAGCGAAGCCCCCUGCGGUGCAGAAUUCUCUGCCCAGGAGCUUUUUCCUACCCCCGGCGCAGCACGCGCAGGCCCAAGCGAGAGCCGGUCCGGCCAGCGCAGGGCCAUCGGCGUUUGCCUGCAGAAGCGGCGCGGCGUCUUUGCACAAAGCGUGUUGCGAGCCUAAGAUGAACAAAAGGGGACCCAGUGAAAACAGAGACCCCAGGACCCCGGAGGGCGACGCCGGGGCCGGAAUCAAGGACUGCACCUGGGCGAGCCAGCCCGGCAGGGCAGACGGGGCCCCCGAGCCCAGCUCGCCACAGACGCACGUCGCUGCGCACGCAGAAUGUUUAAAUCGGAGCGAGCCCAGAUUGACGGGGAACCAUCCGAUGGGGGAGGCUGGGUACGGGUCCUGCCCAAACAAUCCGCAAAGCUGUGGCGGGAUCGCGAGAGUCAGCUGCAGUUCUGUGGACUGUCAGAUGCCGGGCGCUGACGCCGACCCGCCCGCUGGACUCACGCACUCGGAACUUUCUGGGGAAAGCUUGUUGAUAAAAACACUUUAAUAAAUAGAGCAUUAAAUUCAGA